GGUUAGUAAAAGUUGGGAUCGGAGCUCCGGAGAGAGAAACAGACAGGAGGAGAGAUAGAGAGAAAGAGAUAAAGAGGGGACGGACAAUUAACCAGACAAUUAAUCGGCUUUUAUAGCAGGGAAAGCGCUUCUUCUUUGUUGUAGAUUAGCUCGGCACACAGAGAGAAACAGUGAGGGAAGAAGAGACAGAACGGACAGACGACUUUCUCUGAAGUUACGAGGAAGAGCAGCAGCCACCGACCUGUAUUUUGGAUUUGUCUAACUAAGGGGGGGAAACACGGCUUCGUGCAUGGCCAUAACCGCUUAUAACUUAAACAAAAGUUGAAGUUCGGAGUCGUGACAGUCGGUAAAUGUGGUGACAUUUUUUUAGGAGAGCAUACAUUGCUCCAUCGGUCGACGGUCGAGUGGCGGGGUAAAAACCCGAGCUGUCAAACCCGAUGACGACUGCUAACUGCCCCGGGAAUGAGGAGCUGGACUUCAGGCUGAUCUUCGGGGAGGACGGGCAGCAGCAGCCGCUGGGGCCUGCAGAUCUGGAGCCCGAUGACAACACGUCGUUCUACAUCCUGAAUGUGGGCCAGCCCCAGUCUAUGAUCACCAACCACCAGUCUGUUGGCCUGCCUCGUCAUGGCAUGCAGUCCCACUCCCAGUUCAUCAGCUCCUCCCCACGCCUUCACUCACACAGACAAGGAUCGGAUCCUCCGAGAUAUGAAGCCCCAGACUCCAAGUAUGGCUCCUCCCCUCUGCUGCCCUCGGCUCCUGUGGAGGCGCCGAAGGCCUUCGAGUGCCCCAGCAUCCAGAUCACCUCCAUCUCCCCCAGCUGCCAGCAGGAGAUGGACGCCAAUGAGCAGGAUCUGAGGGCCAAUGGGCCUGAUGGGGACUAUCAUGUGGAUAGGCCCCUGUCCAGAGACCACCUGUACCUGCCUCUGGACCACUCGUACCGGGACUCUUCGCUCAGCCCGAGUCCGUGCAGCAGCCUCUCCUCUCGGAGCUGGUUCUCUGACGCCUCCUCAUGUGAAUCUUUCUCACACGUCUAUGACGAUGUUGACUCGGAGCUAAACGAGGCGGCGGCCCGCUUCACCCUCGGCUCCCCUCUGACUUCCCCGGGAUGUAUCUCCCCUCAAACCUGUGGGGGGGUUUUGGAGGAGCAGCCCAACUGGCAGCACCAUCACCCCGCCUUCGUGCACCACUCCCACUCCAUCAGCCUGUCACCCCGGACGUCCCCGUGCCACUCGCCACGCACCAGUGUCACCGAUGAGAAUUGGCUUAGCCCGCGUCCCACCUCUAGGCCCUCCUCACGUCCCACCUCACCCUGUGGGAAGAGGCGCCACUCCAGCGCUGACAUCUGCUACCCAGGCUCCUUGUCUCCUCAUCACUCACCCUCACCCACGCCAGGACCUUCACCCAGGGGCAGCGUGACGGAGGACACAUGGAUCGGCAGUCCUUCUUUAGGCAUGUCUCCCUUCCAGUGCUGUCCAUCAGAGGCAGACAUCCCGUCCAAGACGAGGAAGACGUCGCAGGACAGAACAGCAAUGCAGACUGGGACAGGGGAGAUGGGGCUAGAUGACCAAGGAAAUAUGUCUCCUAAUCUAGACUCUCCUUCUGACGAUGGUCUCCACAGUCUGAAGAAGGACGGGCCCGGGGAACAGUUCCUCUCAGUGCCCUCUCACUUCUCAUGGAAUAAACCCAAACCUGGUCACACGCCCAUAUUCAGGACCUCCUCACUGCCUCCUCUGGACUGGCCGCUGCCGAGCCAGUUUGGCCAGUAUGAAUUGAAGAUAGAAGUGCAACCCAAAGCCCACCACCGAGCGCAUUACGAGACCGAGGGCAGCCGAGGAGCCGUCAAAGCUUCUUCCGGUGGCCACCCGAUUGCCAAGCUCAUUGGCUACACUGAGAAGCCCAUCAACCUGCAGAUGUUCAUCGGAACAGCAGACGACCGCUACUUGAGGCCGCACGCCUUCUACCAGGUGCACCGGAUCACCGGGAAAACUGUAGCCACGGCCAGCCAAGAAAUUGUAGUCACCAGCACCAAAGUUCUCGAAAUUCCUCUCCUGCCUGAAAACAACAUGACAGCCGGCAUCGACUGUGCUGGCAUCCUGAAGCUGCGGAACUCAGACAUCGAGCUGCGGAAGGGGGAGACGGAUAUCGGAAGGAAGAACACACGGGUCCGCGUGGUCUUCCGAGUCCACAUCCCACAACCCAACGGGAAGGUGCUCUCUCUGCAGGCCGCUUCUAUCCCUGUGGAGUGCUCCCAGCGUUCGGCUCAAGAGCUGCCCCAGGUGGAGAAAUUCAGCCUGACCAGCUGUCUGGUCAGCGGGGGAGAAGAGAUGGUCAUCACCGGCUCCAACUUCUUCCCUGAGUCCAAGGUCAUCUUCCUGGAGAAAGGCCCUGAUGGACGACCACAGUGGGAAGUUGAGGCAAAAAUAAUGCGUGAGAAAACUCAAGGAUCGUGCAUCAUUGUGGAGGUCCCUCCCUACCACAGUAAGUCUGUGGGCUCAGCUGUGCAGGUGCAGUUUUAUGUCUGCAAUGGCAAGCGGAAAAGGAGCCAAUCGCAACGCUUCACUUACCUAUCAGUGUUGGUGAAACAGGAGCACAGAGAAGAGCUGGACCUCUCUGCCGUCUCCCCCAUGUCCCUCCCCCUGGCCCAUGCUGGCGGGCUGGUGCGCCCCCAGCUGCCCUCUCCGGAGCAGUGCCACCCAUCGGACGGCCUUCUGUCCAGCUCCCCCCACGGCCUGCUCCCCCUGCAGGGCCCCUGCCCCUCCCUGGGCUCCCCGUCUUUCCAGCACCUGCCUCACCUCCAGAGUCGCAGCUUGCACCACCCCCCCGCAGACUGCCACAUGACGUUCCACCCGACCCCUGCUCCUCUCCCUGCGCCCCCCCGGCCCUCCUACCAGUCCAUGCAGCACGGCCACAGCCACAGCCUGCCCUUCAACGGCCAGUCCCCCCUUCCCCUUCAGGGCUACGAGAGGAUUCCCUUCCAGCACAGCGUCUCUGCAGCGUCUCACCCGAUGGGGAUGGGGAUGGUGUACCCUUCCUCCCCGUGCUCCUCACCAUCAGCUCCCCCCUCCUCAAACAGCAUAGCUGGGUCUCCCCAGAGCCAACAACCGAUGCUCUCCCCCUCAUCCCCACGCCUGCACACACUCGGAGGCUAUCACUGCUCCCCAAACCCCCCUCAGGUGCCCUCUCCCGGCGGCCACCCCCUCGUGGGGCAGCUGCAGAGAGCGAUGGGCUACCACCCCGUGGGUCAGAGGUCAGCCUCCUGUCCCACCCCGUCCAGCGCCCCUGCUACCAGGAUGAUCCCCUCUCCCCACUCAGGGCCUUCCUCCCCUCAGCUCCACUCGCUGCCCUACCAGUCUCCCACCUCCUCCUCCCCCACAUCAGGUGGCAGUCCUCUGGGGCCCAUGCAGCAGCAGCAGCAGCAGCAGCAGCAGCAGCAGCAGCACUCAGGUCAGCACUCCCCCCAGGCCACCAGCCCGGUCAUGGCCAGCCUCUCCCCGGUGGCAGCGGGGCCUCUGAUUCACCCUCUGAGCCCACAGGGACCCUUCCCCUCGGACAAAGAGAGGCCGGACAUCAAAGAGGAGCCUGAGGAGAAGGAGCCCACCUUCCGCUCCAUCGGCCUACAGGACAUCACGCUGGACGAUGUGAAUGAAAUCAUCGGCAGAGACAUGUCCCAGUCCCCCAGCACCCACGGUCCUCCGUCAGCUCACAACCAGUCAUAGCCCCGCCCCCUCCAGGACCUGAUGCAGCCUUCUGGCUCAGGGAACCCCCCCCCCUGCGACACGGGCCAGGUCCAGGUCCAGGUGCUGUGUGCGAUGGCAGGAAGACAUAAGAAAGACUGUGUUCAGAAACAGACGUGUGGUGAUUCUGUUGGAGCCUCAUGGACCUGUUAGACACGCAGACACGCUCAUACGUCUCCUCGGAUUUCAUUUCAAAUCUACUGAAACUGUAGAAACAGAACUCUCAACUCCACUCAGAAGACAGAGAAGGUGAACAUGUGGAGUCACAGCGACGACCCCGUGUCUUCCCCAACCAUCAGAUCUCUACGACUGGAGCUCGCCCUUUGCAUAACUGUCUGUAGUGGAGACAACACCACGGUGUGUGUGUGUGUGUGUGUGCGCGUGUGUGUGUGUGUCCCUCUCACCAGCAUCGCCCUUCUUGGACGAAGAAGACAUAUUAGAUUAACAGAAACUCAGGAGUGCAACGUGGUCUCACAGAAAGCCAGAGCUGGGAUACAAAUCGUUUCUCGAGGUUGUUUUAGUUCAGUAAGAAAGGCAAAAACAAUUAUAAACAACAAUAACAAUCAGGAUUACAAACAGUUAAGUGUGGCAAAACUAAUCACAGUUGGAGAAAACUGUUUAAACAAACACAAAUUUGCAUUACUCGAUUCAAAUCAAACCAUCAUUUUUUUUAAAUAUCUGCCUGCAUUUGUAGUUUGGCACCAGUUUUUGGCUCAGUGAUGCAACGCUGAUAAACCCAUUCAGGUCUGGAGUGCAGGGCCCGGAGGAUCUGAUCUGGGAUCUGCAACCUGCAACAUUCCACUACUGUAGCCCCCCUGCAGCCGUGUAGAUAUCUGUACAUGAACCCCCUCUUCUUCAUCAUUUACUCCCUCCCUCCCUCUCCUCUACCGUCUUCUUCAAGUUGAACAAAUGCCUUAUUAACACUUAGCAGCUUCGAAUGGUUCUAAAGUAACGACUUUUCAUGUGUUGCACAGCUGGCUUUGAGUGUGACUGUAAUAUUGUGUACAAAAAAACAUGGUUUCACGAAUCCUGAUGAGUUCUCUGAUUGUCAUUCAAAUAUAUUUGAAGGGGCCCGAUAUUUCCACGUUACAGAGAAGUGUUUUUAAUAAUGACAUCUCUCUUCAUGCAAUAGCUCCCCACAUCUCCCAGGGGCCCUUGUGUGCCUUCAAAAUUCCUAAACGCCACCAUACUUUGGAUGGGAAAUGAUCUGAUUUGAAUAGUAUUUUAUACAUAACGAUGUUUAUAUAAUGCAUUCAUGUAUUGUUCCCCGUCCUUAAUGAACAAUUAAAAAAACAAUCCCAAAGUCUAGAGAACAACAUCUGGAUGCACUUCCUGUUCCCUCCAGUCGAUGUCAGCUGUUCACAAACUCAUUACUUGUCUCCAGAAUGAUGUUUUCAUAUUUCCUAUUCUCACAGAUAUGCAGUGCCUGUACGGCAGCAAUAACGGGGUCCUGAGAGGGUCCUGAGAGGGUCUUCAGGCGUGGAGGAGAACUGAUUAUUUUUCUUGCCUUAAGCUUGACAAUGAUGCUCCUGCAUGUGAGAGCGGAGGAGUGUUGCUUAUGACGUUUUCAAGUCAGUUUCCAGGUGAAAAUGAUUUAGCUAUGCAUUAAAAUUCUGCCUAAUGCCUUUUAAAAUGAGGAGAAAAAAUAGAAAAAAAUAGAAAAACAAACCUUGUUGCCUAUAGAAGUAGACUUGUUGUAGACGCUUGAUUUAUUCUGUUAGCAUCCUGGAGCCAAUCUGCCUUGUUAAGGACGCAGUGCGAGCAUCUUAAUGGGUUCAGGUGUGUUUCUACCAAAUAUGCUGUACAGAAGAGCUUUAAGAAGCACACGUGUAUUUAGGCUAUGCAAACGACAACAGCAGCUAAUGUAAGACAUGACAUGAAACAUGAGAUUAUAAACUAGCUGCUUAUUCAGAGCGGAAAGAAAAGGGAAAGCAUUCAGAGAGGGAGAAUCAUGUCACGAUGUAAACUAUUAGGAUGCCUUAACUCCUGUUUGUGUCUGUAUUCUGUUUGAGUUUUCUUUUUCUCCACGACUAAGACAGAAGUCGGUAACUCGUUUUAUUCCCUUUGUUUUGUGUUUUGGGGCACAGGGUGGACUUUGAGGGUUGGCUGGGAGGAGGGAGAUGGCUUAUUUGAUGUUGUUGUUGCAUAUAAAGCUGGUUCUGCAGCUUGAAAGACCCGAGUCAAAAAAAAGGAAUAGAAAACCAGCAUGGACAGUAAACUCUGUCCUCUUGUCUCAACCAAAGAGCGAACAACGUGUUCCCGUCAGACAGAGACUGUACCACUCGAUUUUUGAUACUUUCAAAUGGAUGUCAUUCCUAAAAGGUUGGGGACAUGUGAGUGUUGAAUAUAUAUGGUAUAUAUAAAUAUAUAGUAUAUAUCUAUAUAUACACAUUUCAUAUAUACACACAUGUUUAUAUAAACACAUGUAUGUAUGUAUAUAUAUAUACACACACAUGUUUAUAUAAACACAUAAGAUAUGAUAUAUAUAUAUAUAUAUAUACACCCACAUGUGCAUAUACUUGUGUGUACUUAUAUAUAUAUGUUUUGUAAAAUAAAAGGGAAAUACAGGUUUAGCUGAUGUUUACCGAGCCUUGUAUUGUCAUUUCUUGUAUAUUUUGUAUGUUACAUUUUUUGUAAUUUUUAAGACUGCAGUGCUUUUUGAAAUUCUUCAAAGGGAAUACCUUGCAUCAUACUGUAGGCUCUAAAGUAGUGUAUAUCAAUAAAACUGAAAAUGCA